CAUUUCAACUUAACUAACAUCUUAGAGUGAUUGCCUCGAGAUCAUCGCACAACUAUCAUUUAGUCUUUGGACCGUUCGUUUAAGCGGCGAAGGAUCUCUCAUGUCCCCUUCUCAGGUUUAUGUUUACUUUUCGUCUUGUUGAAAUCGCUCAUCCGCCUCGAUAGCAUCUGCAUCCCAGACCCUAAAACCCUCGUCGCCAUGCCUCUCCUUCUCGAAGCCCUUCUCCUCCAUCAAUGGCGAGCCCUGACAGUGGCGCCUUCCGCCGCUCCUCGUCCGAGUCUGCAAUCCUCUGUGCCCCUCCGUCGAGCGCCCAGUCCUUGCCCGCUUCGUCCGAUUCCGCUUCUGGAUUGACGGAGAUCCAACUUAGGGAUAACGAACGCCGUAAAAACUCCACCUUUCUACCUGCCUCCAGCCCUAACUACCUUCCGAGCCACGGCCUUAGCCCUGGCCGAGAGAGCCUUGCCAGCUCCGACAUCUCCAGGAAACUCCGUCUCUUGGGUGCCGCUUCCUUUUUCUCUCUCAGUGAGGAUAGGGCGUCGCCUAGCGAUCCUGGAUUGUUGCCGCUUGGUUUGGAGGAGAGUGGUCUGAGCGGGAGGACCAUUAGCCCCGUUGUCCAGCCUGAUGCGAAGUCCUUGAGGGAGAGAGAUCCGAAGACUGAGAUCGUGGCCACUGAUGGCACCAUCACAGCCAGCGAAGAGAAGCUCAAGAGACCGUCACCGCCCAAGGAGAUUGAGUUCGUAUGGGCUUACAAGUACCGUCCCAGGACUUUGGCAGGGUUCAUCUGCAACCGUGACCGAGCAGAGGAACUUCAACGGAUGAUAAAGACACACGAGUGCAGUCAUUUCAUAUUUGAAGGUCCACCAGGGGUUGGCAAGAAAACAAUGGUGUUGGCAUUCUUGAGAGAUGCAUUUGGACCUAAAAAGAUGAAGAUGAAAAAUGAGUUGAAAAGAAUAGAGCUUAAGGGAGAACAUGCUGAUGCUGGGAGCAUAGAUUUGAAUGUCAGGCGAUCUUCCCAGCACAUUGAAGUUAAUUUAUCUGAGUCACGUGGUUAUGAGCAGCAUGUUAUAAUGACUUUGAUAAAUGAAUUCCAUAUUCCAUCAGAGCAGGCUGUUCAAUGUGAUCAGACAAACUGCAAAGCAAUUGUUCUUCAUGAGGCUGACAAAAUUUCAAAUGACGCACAACACUAUGUCCGGUGGCUCAUGGAUAAGUACAAGGGUUGUAACAAGCUUUUCUUCUGCUGCUCUGAUGCUUCCAAGCUUCAACCACCAAUCAAGCAUCUGUGCAAAAUAAUUAACCUCAAACCACCUUCAGACAAAGAGAUUGUGGAAGUUCUUGAGUUUAUUGCUGAUCAAGAAGGCGUGGGAUUAACUCGUCAUUUAGCUGAAAGAAUUGCUGAAAACUCAAAGCAUAAUUUACGUCAAGCAAUUCGUUCAUUUGAGGCCUCCUGGAAAUCUUACUUUCAGUUGGGAGAAGCCCAUGAAAUCUUAACCGGGUGGGAAGCAGAUAUUGCAAACAUAGCUAAAAAUAUUAUCGAAGAGCAAAGUCCCAAGCAGUUAUAUAUUAUCCGUGGGAAGCUUAAGAAUCUUAUUGAGCAUGAUGUAUCACCAGCCUUCAUUUUCAAUACUCUUGUGUCAGAGCUGAAGCAACAUGUUGAUGAACAUUUCCAACUCAAAGUUGAUGCCUUGUAUCAAGAAUAUAACAUUUGGGAUAAGAAUGGGCGAAUCUUGAAUGAAGAGAAGACAGUAGGGUUCACUCGCGAAUCAAAUGAAGAAUCUGGAAAGAGGCUUCACGAUCGAAAGAAAAACGUUCAACAUUUCAUGAGGAUCGAAGAGUUCUCAGCAAAAUUCAUGAGCUCCUACAAGGCUUUUAUCACCAAAAAUAAUGGUGGGACUUCCAAAUAAGUAUUCAACUAUAUCUGGUAGCAUAAUCAGAUAUGUACGUAAACCAUGAAUUAGACAUAAGAGGUUGGGUUCACCGUUGCACUGCAACCACUUACAUUUGAUCCACUGCCUGUGGAUUAAAGGUUCCAAGAUGCUUUAAUACAAGGGAAUGUUCAUAUUUUCCACUUAUAUUUGAAUGUAAGUUCAAAGUUCUAAACUAUUUUUCUCUUGAUCCAUUUUGGUGGUUGCUUCAUUGUUUCCAUGUACUACAAAUCAUGACUUCAAAUAAAUCUGUAGUUUUUCUAA